AUGUACCCCACAUAUGGGGAGUGUCUGACAAUCCUCGCCCUGUCAUCAAUCUGCACAGCCCAACUUCGUCUACCAGCAGCAGUAAGCGAAACCUACAACGAUGUCAUCAGACACAUACCAAAUGCACCUCAAAACAUUUUCAACCAACAACAAUACGUAGAACGUCAUCUCACCAAACGUGUGGCUGAUCCAUCAGGUCUCCAACAAGGCACCAUGGACAGCUAUUUACAAGCCUACAAAGAUCAACAUGAUAUUUACCAAUCGCAAUUGGAAAAGAACUAUUUCAGCAAUGCAAGGAAACGAUCAGCCAAACAAGAGGAAUGGAAACCAAUCAUCAAAAAAGUUGAACCAAAAAAGGAGGAGGGGAAGUUGCAGUUUGAUCAAACCCAAAGGUAUGGAAGGUCCUACGCACCACAACCCCAGGCUGCAGGUUUGAGCGCCUUCAAAUCUGAUUUGAUUCAUCCAGCUCCUCCUGCACCAGUGGUACCCCAACAGGCAGUGCAUUUGAGUUCUUUGGCACCACCAGUAUUCACAUUCAAACAACAGGCUUUCACUCCCGUCCAAGGAGCUCCUCAGAUUGCCCAUCUUAAUGUACCAUUGAACGUUGCUCAUUUGAGUGUGCAAUUGCCUCCUGAAUUGAAACUUUACUUCAAACAACACGGUAUGAACCCAGCUGACUACCAAGCCUUCGCCAUGGUCGACAAACCAGAAAUCAGAAACCAACAAUUGUUUGCUCUAAACACUCUAAUUGGAAAAACCCCAAGCGAGCAACUCAAAGGCUUGAACACACUCCUGACAAAACCCUUAGAGAACGAUCACCACAUCAGCAACCUGGCUGUGAAUAUCAAGGAUUCCGCUAUUGAAGUACCAGCUUUGCAGCACAAAGUUUUGCCAGAAGCUCAGCAUGUCGUUUAUCAACAUGCAACAGCUCCUGCACCAACUGUGGAGUAUCAUCAUGAAGAACCACAACAUGUAGUUGCAGUUGCUCAUCCAACUCAUCAGGAAGUUCAUGGUCAUCAUGAGGUUCAUAGUCACCCUGUUCACCAGGAAGUUCAUGCUCACCCUGUUCACCAUGAAGUUCAUGCUCCUGUCCAUACUUUAUAUGGUGAGGGAUUGGAAAAACAUCAUGAUAACUAUGCUCACGCUUACGCCUUCGGCUACCGUGUAGUUGACCAGAAAUCAGGAAAUGAUUUUGGCCACAAGGAGUCAAGAAAUGGAGAUGUCACCAAAGGUCACUACCAUGCCCUUUUACCAGAUGGUCGUGUACAAAAUGUCAAAUAUUAUGCUGAUGACACUGGUUACCAUGCACAAUUAAGUUAUGACAUUCCUCAUCCAGUAGCUUAUGGAGUUCCUCACCAUCAUUAG